AUGAGAAUUGCGCCGCUUUUUGCCCCGGCCAUUCUGGCGAAUGAAGUUUACGAUAACUUUUUGAAGAUCAAAAGUGAUGGGCAAAUGGCAAGAGGAGAGUGGUCUGGGUCUUGUAAGGAGAGGGCCCAGUGGAGGAAUCUUUUCGGGGAUGAGGGCAAUGGAUACUUAGAUGCUGGUUUCCAUGUCUGCCAGACAGACACAGAACUCUACUACGACGCAUACCAACCAGACGGCACCAGCGUCUUUACAAUCCAGAAGAUCAACGAGUGGGUAUCCCUCUGGCCCGGUCUUGGAAAUCAUCUGAUCUUUGGAAGCGCUGAAUUCAAGUGCGGCUGCUUUCUCGGCUGUGAUCGAUUUUUCGUCGAAGGAAUUGGACUUCAUGUUGAUUUCUGCUGCUCGGAUUAUGAAGAAACUUGUGUCAAUCCGCCAAAUGUAAGUGAUGCUUUGGAGCAAGCAAAAACCGCUGCUGAAGAAGAAUUGGAAGCGAUGAGAGAUGAGGGAUUUCAAAGAAUCGAUUUGGGGAAAAAGAAACUUCGACGAUUCGUGACAAAAUUGAAGAGAAACAUCAAAAAUGAUGCUCCCAAUUGCAAACUCCGACGCGGUUGCAACGCCGGUGAAACCCCUCUUCUCAACAAUUGCCGCAGAAAGUCCAAUCCUUCCUUCGGCCAGUCAUGGAAUGGUUCGGCUGAGCCCGUUGCUCCUUUCAGACGAAGAAGAGAUAUCAACAUCGUCGAACCUUCCAAGGGCGAUCAAUUUUCUUCGCACAAGAUCACUGACGAUUUGUGGCAUGUCGUCGAUCAUUACUUCAAGGACUGUCUCAAUGUGAGAAAACACUUGAACAAAGUUAACAAGUUGACGAAUACGCUCGACAAGAUCAAGAAACGAUAA